AUGAAGUUCAGUCAGUCCGCCUUGAUUGCCACUUUGGCCGCCACCGCCGUCCAUGCCGCCCCUGCCCAGGUUGAUAACGCAUCUUCCGAUGUUGCCCUCCUGGACUCUGUCCUUGCCAAGAGACAAGACUUGGAGGGUACCUUGCUGCAAUUGAAGGAGUUGGAUGAGAUGAGAGUCAAGAGAUCCAACAUGGACGAGCAGUUGACCGCCAGAGAGUACGAGAUUGUCACCAAGGUGUUGAGCGCCAUUGACGACACUGACUUGGCUCCAACUGUGUUGAAGUUCUUCGUCACCCAGGAAAACUUGAGAAAGAUUGCCAUCAACGCUAUCGUCUGGGUCUUGGAGAACUCUCUGAUUAACUUGACCACCUUGUUGAAGGCUCUUGUGGACUCUGGUUUGCUCAGCAGAGUGCUCACUGAUGUCCUCAGCGACUGUGAGGUCUACGUUUCUGUGAUUGGCAUUGCCACUGACGUUAUCAGAAGUCUCCUUGGCAACCUUUUUGACAAGCGUGAGCAGCUUCUUGAGGGUGGAGUCAUGACCCACGAGGAGACUGUCGAGCUCUUGAAGAAGGACGGUUUGAUGAAACCAAGCAUGCUUGACAUGGAGAAGAGAGAUAUUGACGUGAGCAACAUUGUCGACAACUUGUUGGAGAGUUUGGCCAACUCUGGCUUGGCUUCCUCUGUUGUCAUUGCCGUCCUCACUGACCGUGCUUUCAUCGACUUUGGUGCUGACUUGAUCAGAGCCAUCAUGGAGAGCGACGGUGAGACCAACCUCAGUAUUGGUGACCUUGUCUCUGCCAUCACCAACUCCGGUCUUAUCCCAGAGUUGCUCGACCUCCUCCUUGACUCCGACACUUUGUCCACCAUUGGUCGUAACGUGCUCAAGGCCGUUACUGGUCAGUGUGGUGAGGCCGACUCUUCUGCUGGUCCAAGCACCACCCUAGCUGGUGCCACCACCCCAGCCACCACUCAACCAGCCUCUACUCCUAAGACCACUCAGGCCCCAGCUGGUGAUGGCGAUGUUGGCACUGUCUACACCACCGUCAGAAAGAGUCUGACUAUGUGGCACGAGGCUGCUCCAUCCGACCCAUGCGCCACGUAUCACGACAAGAGAGAAUUCAAGAAGCUCAGGUUGAACUACUAA